UACUCUUUUUCCUUCCUGUCCAAGGCCCAUCACCGAGAGGGGAGAAGCGAUGAAGGCGGCGCCGAUCGCCAAGUCGAGGCGGGAGCCGCCUUCCAUCCCUCCCAACUACGUCAGCCUCCAGCAGCUCCUUGAGCUUCGCCUCAAAGAGAAGGAGGAGGAGGAGGAGAAGCGGCAGCGGGAGGAGGAGGCCGCCGCAGCCAUGGCCGCCGCGGUUAAGCGGGAGGCGGCGCUAAGGGCGGAGGAGGAGGCCAUGGCCGCCGCGGUUAAGCGGGAGGCGGCGCUGAAGGCAGAGACUAAGGGACGAUCGGUCUCGCGCGAGGCCUUCUGUGGGGCCAAGGAUAGGCAGCAUGGGGGGCAGGGCCACCGGUGGGUGGCCGUGGUGCAUCGAGCGCCGCCGACGUGCGGGGAAGUUGCGGCAGGGAAGAGGGAAUGGAUGGUAGGAGGUAGCCGUGGCAAGAAGGGGCUGGACGAUGUCGCGGACAGUGCACCCCAUCCCCGUGGCGGACGCAAGUACCCGCGGAAGGGGAAGAGGAAGGGGAAUAAGAAGGGCGAGCCAGGUAAUCUGGCCGAGGCAGCUCCUCCAACAUCGAACGGCGGCAAGGUGGACAUCAAGAGCGAACUCAAGGCGAUGGGGAAGGCCUCGGUUGCGCCACUCGAUCCGGCCAAGGCGGCCGUGGCAUCAUCCCCGGGCCACCUGACCUGCAAGGGGAGGAAGGGGAAAGGCGCGGGUAACCGGAGCGCAGAGACGAGCCGGGGCGAUGGUCCGGUGAAGGUGAAGACGGCCGGUCCGUCGCUGCCGCGAGGCGUCAAGUCGGGCAACGCGGGGAAACCGAAACCUGCAGCGCCCAGGCUCGCAGACGCCGGGACAGGCAGCGAUUCUCCUGAUGGGAAGGCUCCGGCCCCGUCCCCGGCCCCGGCCCCGGCUCUGAACCCUUCCACCUCGCCCGCCGAUGGCAGGAGCAAAUCGAAGAGCGGUGGCAUGCUCCGCAAGACCAUGGAGGCGAAGCCAGAGGGCCUAGUCGAAGGGCAGCGCCGGCAACCGGUGGUGGAGGUCCAGGCCGUGACCGGGCCGAAUCCACGGAUUGCGAGGAGGUCGGCUCAACCCUGGCGCCCCCGCGGCAUUAGGGCUGCACAGCCGCACGGGCUUGUGUGGGUGCCCAAGGCAGCGGUGGCUGGACCAUCCUCCAGCGGCGAGGACAAAUAAUCGGAUUGCCACUCCACUCGGGUAGUAACUUGACUAUGCUUUUGCUUUAGCGAACUCACGCUUGACUUGUGCAUGGAUGAUGUGGGAAAAUAAUCGAAGCCUGUGAAGGCAUCUGUGUUCUGUUUCGAA